ACUCCCUCCCGCCGUAGCCGAGCCCAGCCGAACGCAGCCGAGCCCAGCCGAACCCCUCGACGUUGCUGCUGCCGCCGCCCGAGUGCCGCCGAGCGAGAGAGCGAGCGAGCAAGCGAGCUAGCGGCCCCGGCCGCGGAGGAGGCGCCGCCCCAGGGGGAGGAGGUGCCCGCUCUCCGCAGACCGCCCGCGGCAGAGGCCGGCCCGGUCGCGCCCCGGCGGGAGCGGCCGGCGGAGGCUGCGCGGCCCAGGGGGAGGGCCCGGGGAGUGGACGUCGCCCCUGCCCGCCUCCCGCCGCCCCCCGCCCGCAGGCUUUCGAGCCUCAGUCGGCGCUGAGCAUCCCGCUGUCCCGGACCCUCCCGCGGGCGCGCACCGGGCUCAACUCAGGCUCAGAACUGCAGGUGGGCAUCUUCACUGCCCAGAAGUCGUUGUGUGUGGACAGGACAGCCUCCUUGGAAAGACAGCCACCAGAGUUGUGCCUCGGCAUGGGCCUUGCCACGGAGGCAGCUCUGCUGUCUGCGCUGGCCUGAGGGUGCUGCCUGUCAUGGGGGCAGCCAUCUCCCAGGGGGCUCUCAUCGCCAUCGUCUGCAACGGCCUCGUAGGCUUCUUGCUGCUACUGCUCUGGGUCAUUCUCUGCUGGGCCUGCCACUCUCGCUCUGCUGACGUAGAUUCUCUCUCGGAAUCCAGUCCCAACUCCAGCCCUGGCCCCUGUCCUGAGAAGGCGCCACCACCGCAGAAGCCUAGCCAUGAAGGCAGCUACCUGCUGCAGCCCUGAAGACCCCUGGCCUAGCCUGGAGUCCUGGACCUGAGUAGACCUGAGUCAGCCAGCGCGUGGAAUCGGAUCCCAGAAUUCAGUCAGCCUGGGGUCCAGAAUUUAGAGUCCAAUCAAUUUGAAGCUGGACCCAGCAGCCUAGAUUGUAGCCGGCCUGGCUCCAAGAGAGGCCUGAGUAGCCCUAGAGAGACAGGCCUGGAGUGGGGGGUUAGGAGUUGGUGCUAGGGCCAGGGCCAUCUGGACUCUGCUCCAUCCCGAGGGCCAAGGGCUGAGUUUACACUUUUCCUAGGCUCAGCACCUCUGGGCUCCCUAGGUUGAGGACGCAAACUGGAACCAUGGCAAUAACGGGAGGGUGUCCAGGCUGGGCCCCUUCUCUGGUCCUCCCAUUGUUUGUUGGAUAAUAAAUGGAACUAUGGCUUACCCUGAGAUUUCUUUUCUUAGGGGUUGUGUGGAAAAAAAAAAACAAAUAAAGGUAUGAGAUGAGCGUCCA